AUGGAGGCCAAGGUCCGCCAGAGCCGGCGCUCGCGCGCGCAGAGGGACCGCGGCCGGCGCCGGGAGGCCGCCCGCGAUGGCCGUGAGCAGAGCGCGUCGUCGGGCGACGAGGCCGAGCCCGGGCCCGGCAAGGAGAACGCGGGGCUGCCCCGCGCGCCCCCACCUCGCGCCGCCGCCGCGCGCCCCCCGCGCCGCCGCCGCCGCGAGUCCAGCUCGCAGGAGGAGGAGGUCAUCGACGGCUUCGCCAUCGCCAGCUUCAGCACGCUCGAGGCCCUGGAGAAGGACAUGGCCCUGAAGCCACAGGAGCGCAAGGAGAAAUGGGAACGUCGCCUUGCUAAGAAGCCCCGCGAGGCAGAAAACUGCCCAUCUGCAGAACCAAGUGAGAACGGGCAUCCCCUGGAGAUUGGCAGCCCCGAGCAGGACCUGGAGCCUGCCUGCGACCGGGGAAAGAAGAAGGUUCCACUGCAGCCCACCAAGCAGAUGAAGGUCACAGCAUCCAGAGGGGGCGACCACCACAGUGGGGAUGACAGCUUCCACGAAGCCACCAGCUCCCGGAGGAGUAGUUCUCGGGACCAGCUCAGUGACAGCUCUACGCAGGCCGUCUCGGGCAGAGGCUACUCGUGUGACAGCGAGAGUGAAGGGGACGACAAGGCGUCCGUGGGCUCCGAGAAGCUCUUUGCCCCAGCAGCCGAUAAAGGUGCAAACCAUUUCGUGGUACCGGACAGCUAUCCUGGCCAGCGCUGCUCUAGAGAGUGCAUCCAUCCCAUCCGAGGCCAGGAAAGGCUGUUGUCACCCAGCCUAUCAGUCAUGACUGUGGUCCAGAGUAGGUGUCCUUGGACCCAGUACCGAGAAGGGGCCGUUUUGCUUGGAGGCGCCAUCUGGAUGGGACUAGACACAUCAGGUCUUACAGCACAGACAGGCCCCACGCUGGGCGAGGAGGCCGGGCCGCCCAAAGUCUCGGGCCUGGAGCGCAGCCGCGAGCUGAGCGCCGAGCCACCCAUCCUGCCCCCCGCCGGCCCCGCCUCGGGCGCCCUGGCCAGCCCGCCCGUCAAGAAGGAAGCCCCGGCCCUGCCCCGCCUCACCCCGCAGCCUCCGCCCGCAGCCCCGCAGCCCCGCGCCCCGCUCCCGACGCACGUGCCUCUGCCCCUGGGCGCCUUCGCCGGCCACGGCCACGGCCACGGCCACGGCCGGGCUGCGGCUGCGGCUGCGGCUGCGCACAACGGCCUGCACAGCUUCAGCAGGAGCAGCAGCGCCAGCAGCAGCGCCAGCCUCGGGCUCGCGAAGCACGCGUCCCUGUCGCCUCUCGGGCCGGGCCCCCACCUGUCUACCUCACACUUGGCGCUCCGCUCGCAGGCCCAGCACCAGCACCACGCGGCGGCCAUGUUCGCCGCCCCCCCGACACUGCCCCCGCCCCCGGCGCUGCCGGCCAACAGCCUGGUCAUCCCAGGACACCCUGCCGAUGCCAGCCUGUUGAUCUCAUUCAGCCAGCCAAUCAUGUAUUGCCAGCCUCAUUCGGGGAUUCUGAUUGAUCACGAGCUGCUCAGGCAAGAGCUGAACGCGCGUUUUCUGGUCCAGAGCGCUGAGCGGCCCGGCGCCCCCCUGGGCCCGGGGGCUCUGCUGCGGGCGGAGUUCCACCAGCACCAACACACACACCAGCACACACACCAGCACCAACACACAUUUGCCCCCUUCCCCACGGGGCUGUCCCCGACGCCUCUCCUGCCGCCCACCGCACCCCCGCCGUUUGAUAAAUAUGCACCCAAGCUGGACAGCUCCUACUUCCGACAUUCCAACUUUUUCCCGUCCUUCUCUUCUGCCAUCCCCGGACUGCCCACCCUGCUCCCACACCCAGGCCCCUUUGGGUCCCUACAGGGUGCUUUUCAGCCCAAGACUUCAAACCCAAUCGAGGUAACAGGCCGGGCCAGUGCUGUUCACACCCUUCUCCAGAAAGCCCCUGGGGUGUCCGACCCAUACCGGACCACAGUCAGGAAACCUGGGAAGUGGUGUGCUGUACACGUGCAGAUUGCCUGGCAGAUCUACCACCAUCAGCAGAAGAUAAAGCAGAUGCAGCUGGACCCUCACAAGCUGGACUUGGCCAGCAGACCCCCAGCCCCAGGCGUGUUUGCUGGACUCCACUACCCGCAGGACCUAGCCCGGCCCCUCUUCGGCUCGGGUGCUGCCCAUCCCACCACCAACCCAUUUGGACCCCCGGCCCAUCCCAGCAGCUUCCUGACCAUGGGUCACCUGACAGACCCUUUCAGCAGGCCAGGUACCUUUGGGGGCCUGGGGAGCCUGGGCAGCAACGCCUUCGGAGGCUUAGGGAGCCAUGCACUGACUCAGGGCAGCGGCAUCUUUGCCCCCAAGGAGAGCUCCUCGCUGCAUGGCCUACCUAGCCCCCAUGAGACCUGGAAUCGACUGCACCGGGCGCCCCCCUCGUUUCCCACACCACCCCCAUGGCCUAAACCUGUGGACCCUGAUCGGGUCUCAGCCCUGACCAACCACGACCGAGAGCCGGACAAGGGCAGGGAGGAGCGGGACCUCCUGGAGAAGACGCGCCUGCUGAGCCAGGCGUCACCCACAGCCCCAGCAGGGGCCCCGGUCAGCAGCCUCCUGCUCCGCGGCCAGGGCGAACCCUGCCGGCCCGGAGUCCUCGCCGAGCGCGAGCGCGAGCCCGAGCCCGAGCCCCGCGUCAAGGAGAGCUGCUCUCCGGCCAAGGACGACGGCGCCAAGCCGGCUGUGCGCCCACCGUCCCCCUACUGCAAGGCGGCCCUGGGCGACAGCCUGCGUCUAGCCGGCCUCCUGGGCCGGGAGCUGGGAAAGCCCUUGGAGGUGCUGGCCCAGCGGCCCCAAGGUGACGUCAGGGUCAAGGAGGAGCGCAGGGAAGACAGCGACGCGCCCGAGCCCCCCGCGGCCGGCUUGCACCCAGCGCCCGAUCACCCACGCGUGCCCCCUGCGCCCCUGCAGCUCGGGCUGGCCCCGGCGGCCCGCGAGCGCCUGGGCUUCACGUGGGAGACCCUGCGCGAUGCCUACCGCGGCCUGGAGCUGCCCCGGCGCGCCCUGCCCGCCCCCACCGCCGCCCCCGCCCCGGGCCCCGCCGCCCUCUACGAGCCCCCCGAGCGCCCCUACCGCGACCGCGAACCGCAUGAUUACAGCCCUGAGCGCCUGAGGGAGGCGCGCCGGGAGGAGCUGGAGCGCGCCCGGGCCGCACACCUCGACGGCGCCGCGCUCCUGCCCGCGCUGGGCGCCCUGCACUACCCGCGCCUCGGGGCCGCCGCCGCCGCGCUGCACGGCGGGCUCCUGGCGCGGACCCCGCCCGCCGCCGCCGCCGCGGCCACCGCUGCCCUGGGCGCGCCCCCCCCGCUGGUGGCUGCCGGCGCGCCCCCCACGCCUCCCGGGCCGCCGCCGCGCAGCAGGACUACGCCGCUUGGGGGCCACGGGCCCGAGAUGCGCGACUACUCCCCGUCCCGCAACCCCCAGGAGGUGGAGGCCCGGUAGUCCCCGGGCCCCGCCCCGGGCCGAGGCCUUCCACACAUGCACUGCUACAGGCCAAGAUGAGGACGUUUCUGGAACCUAAGCACAGCCCCGUCGGGCCCGGGGUGACGCUCGCUUUCCGCCUAAAACCCGCGCCGUGGGGUAGUUAAAUCUGCAGCUUCGCUGGGGGCGAGCUUUUGUUUUCUGAGCUUGAGAUUAGGCUACUGGGAGAAAGUUCACGUUUGUACAUCUUUUCCCACAGGUGAGAAGCGUUUUUAAUAGAUUUGUAUUUUUUUCAAUUUUGUGCUCUUUAGACAUUUAAAAAGAAACAAAAGUUUUUGCUUUUUUAUCUUCAGUUCAGAUUUGCAAUGUAAAGGCCUCAGAUCUCUCUCUUAGAGCCCCAGGAUCUUUUGUCUUAUUUAUGGAGAUAAAAACGGUCAUUUUUGUCCAGCGCACUGUGAGGCCCCCCCCCCCCCCUUCAGGGCUGGCCUGGCCCUCCCUUGGUACUUGGAACCGAAGUUACAGAUAUAUAUUAAAAUAAUAAUAAUGUACAAAACUUUUUUUGCCUUAUGCAGAAGCAUAAGAGGGUUUCUUUUUUGGUUUGUUUUUUAAAAAAAAACAUGAAAUAUGUAAAUAGCCUGUUAAUAUAAAUAUAUGACAUUAUUAAAUUCUUAACCUAGGUAGACUUUAUAAAAAGCAGUUUCUAGAAAUCUUUCUGGUUAUUUGUUUAAUAUGGUCACAAAAAACCCACUCGCUGUCAGUUGAAAAUGCUUGGAAGCAUCACUGCAGCAGAUCUUUCAACUAUGCAAGCGCUCCGAGGUGGGACUGGCCGCUGUCUGGGGAGGAAGCUUCCCGCUGCCUGGCAGCACGUCGGAGCUGCUCCCAAGCUCCCGGACCCACCCUCCUCGGUGGCCACUCAACUGGCCACUCCGGUCUUGAGGACAUCUCUGGACUCUAGCGCUCAUUGUGCAGCGUUCUUGGAAUCCAUACCAGACAAGUAGAUGUUUAGUAGGAGUGGAGAGUCUAACGGUUCAUUGCAAACAGAAAUAGUAGCUUAUGUCCACUCUUCCAUGUGAAAGCCGUCAGCAGGUGUUUCUCAGCGUGCUCCUCCACCUGUGGAGGCCUUGGCAUGAUCUUUCGAUUUUGGUUUUGCUUUCAUAACCACCUGAACGUCCCCUUGUCCUGACCUCAGUGUCCUUUCUGUUCCCUGCUGUCCACACCUGUGUCCACUGCACUUUGGAGCCUCAUGGGUUCAGCCCUCUGCAGCCAUCUGCUCUGUUCUGUAUUCCCAAGCCAUGUUUCCACUGUGGACUCUGGUUGUUUUAAACAUUCAGUUCACGUGUCAAUCAAUGAAGAUAAAUACAGGCUUGAUUUUGGAUCA